ACAGAGUGCAUGGAUGAUUUGCCGCACAUGUGCAAAGUGGCACCGAAAGAAAUGAGUGCGCAGUUGUGCGUGCGCGAUGUUCUUAUGUUGGGACGGAUUGGAGUAUCCGAGUUUCAAGAUUGCGUCUGGUCAAAGCGGGAUAAGAAGUACGAGAGCGCACCCAACAUCUCCGCAGCCAUCGAAGAGUCCAACAAACUGGCCAUGACUGUUCCCACAGAGAUCCUAUCCUAUAACACGCCUGGUGCCAGAGCUCGCUGUAUGGAGAGGUUUAUUCAGGU